AUGAUCAGAACUGUCAAACCUAAGAAUAACAGAGCCAAGAGAGCUUUGGAGAAAAAAGAAUCCAAAUUAGUUGAGAAUGUUAAGAAAGCUCUUUUUGUUCCAGGUCAAACUUCUAAUAAGUUGUUGCAUGAUGUUACUGUUGAUCUGGGUGCUUUGAAGAAGCCGUUUAUUAAGAGGUUCGAGAGAAAGAAUAAUAUCCAUCCUUUUGAAGAGACUGAGCAACUAGAAUUUUUCAGUGAAAAAAAUGAUGCCUCUUUGAUUGUAUUGAGUACCAGUUCCAAGAAGAGAAAGAACAACUUGACUUUCGUGCGUACGUUUGGCUACAAGAUCUACGACAUGAUCGAGCUGAUGGUAGCUGAAAACUACAAGUUGUUGGAAGAUUUCAGAUCACAAACUUUCGCAGUAGGUUUGAAACCAAUGUUCUCCUUCCAAGGUGCUGCCUUUGACACUCAUCCAGUCUACAAACAGAUUAAAUCUUUGUUCUUGGACUUCUUUAGAGGCGAGACCACUGAUUUGCAAGAUGUUGCAGGCCUGCAACAUAUUAUUUCCGUCACUGUUCAAGGUGAUUUCCAGGACGGUGAAGCUUUGCCAAACGUGCUGUUCAGAGUUUAUAAGCUGAAGACGUACAAAUCGGAGCAAGGUGGACGUCGUUUACCUAGAGUCGAGCUGAACGAAAUUGGGCCGCGUUUGGACUUCAAAAUCGGUAGAAUCCAUACUCCAUCUCAAGACAUGGAAAGAGAAGCUUUCAAGAAGGCUAAACAAUUGGAGUCGAAGGUGCAUAAGAAUAUAGAAAAGGACUUGAUGGGUGACAAGAUCGGCAGAAUCCAUUUGGGUAAGCAAGACAUCAACCAAAUGCAAACAAGAAAGAUGAAGGGUCUAAAGUCAAGAUUUGAUCAAGUCAAUUCAGAUGAUGAAGAGGCUUAUUUGAAUGAGAGUGAAACUGAAUUGAAUCCAGCCCUUAACGGUGAAGAAGAUACUUAUGGUGAAGACUUCGUCACUGCCGAUGAUGAAAGUGCAGAUGAAGAGCCUACCAAAAAGAAGCAAAGGAAAUAA